AGGAGUGUCAUGUAACAACUUGAAAUUUUCAUGUGAAGACAGAAAAUGGCUUCAAGAGGAACAACAGAGACCAGUAAACUAAAACAAAACUUGGAAGAGCAGUUGGAUAGAUUAAUGCAGCAGCUUCAAGAUCUGGAGGAAUGCAGAGAGGAGCUAGAUGCAGAUGAGUAUGAAGAGACAAAAAAAGAAACUCUAGAACAGCUGAGUGAGAUCAAUGACUCCCUGAAGAAGAUUAUGUCUGGAGAUAUGACUUUGGUGGACGAGCUCAGUGGGAUGCAACUGGCAAUACAAGCAGCCAUCAGCCAAGCAUUUAAAACUCCAGAAGUAAUUAGAAUGUUUGCAAAGAAACAGCCGAGGCAAUUGAGGACAAGGUUGGCAGAGAUGGACCGAGACUUAAUGGUUGGGAAGUUGGGACGAGACCUAUACACACAGCAGAAAGUGGAAAUCCUGACUGCCCUCAGAAAACUUGGUGAGAAGCUCACUCCAGAUGAUGAGAUGUUCUUGUCAGCAAAUGCUGGUACAGCCCUGAGCCAGUUUGAGAGAGUCUCCACUGACCUUGGAUCAGGAGACAAAGUCUUUGCUCUAGCAAGUUUUGAAGUAGAAAAGGCAAAACAAUGAAGAGGUGUGUGAGGCUUGUAUCUCUCCAGUUAUCAGCAACAUUGGACUUCUGUCAUAUUGCAUUUGUUUUUUCUAUUUUUAACAUGUUGGAAAAAGAAAAGCAAAACAAAACCAAAAAAACCCCACCCUAAACUUCUUGGGUUCUUAACCAGAAGAUAUGAAGCAAACAGCCUUAAUUGCACUUUGGAACCUUGGUGUCUAUACCCCUUAGUAAUAUAAGCUCUGAGGCUGAACACUAGGUCGUACUCUAAAAGCAAAAGCAUAGUAUGACUGUCUUUGGAAAGAAUCAGCUAUUUUGAACUUUUCUGAAUGUAUUUCUCUAACUAUUAAAACGUAAUCUUUUUGC